CAGGUGAAGUCAGUAGCAGAGGAGGUAAAGUCCAAAGGUCGCGAGGCCCACGCCUACGUGGUGGACUGCUCGAAGAGAGAAGAGGUGUACGAAGCAGCCGGGAAGGUUGCUAACGAGGUGGGUGUGGUCUCGGUCCUUGUUAACAAUGCCGGAAUUGUGACGGGACGAUGGCUGAUGGAGGCAAAGGACGACAGUAUUGAGAGGACCUUCAACGUUAACACUCUGGCCCACUAUUGGACCGUCAAGGCCUUCCUCCCGGGAAUGAUGAAGAGAAACCGUGGCCACAUCGUGUCGAUCGCCUCUGUGAUGGCGUUUCAAGGAGUCCCAAAACUAUCGGACUACUCUGCCAGUAAGGCCGCGGCGCUGUCGUUUGCAGAGUCGUUGAGGUACGAGUUGAGGAGGCAGGGGAAGGAUGGGGUCCACAUCACCGCGAUAUGUCCCUACCACAUCAGGACCCAGCUGUUUAAAGGAAUCACCACAAGGUUCCCGGUGCUAAUGCGGUCGCUGAGUCCCGAUGAGGGUCUGGGCCGACAGCUGGCGCUGCAGUUUGCGAAAUGCGGAGCGACGCUGGUCCUCUGGGACAUCGACGGGAGAAAGAUUGGGGCCGUGGCCGAGGAGAUACGGAAAGAGGGCGGCGCUGCUUAUCCGUACGUGGUGGACUGCUCUAAGAGAGAAGAGGUGUACAGGAUGGCGGGGAGAGUCAAGGAGGAGGUCGGGAACGUUGCUGUUUUGGUCAAUAACGCUGGCAUCGCCACGGAGAAAGCGUUCGUCAAUGGAGACUUGAAGGAUGAGGAGAUAGAGAAGACCUACGCUGUCAACGCUCUGGCUCUCUACUGGGUUAUGGUGUUGCAGAGGGAGGUGGAGCUACCAAGGUUUAUGUUUACCGGAUACAAAUUGAGUACGUCGAAUGAACCAAUAUUCUGUGAGCUAGAGCACUUGGUCCUCCAUAACCUCCGUAGCAUCUGGCAAGAGGAACCUGCAGUAUUGACGGUGCGAGCCUUUCUUUCCUGGAUGCUAGACUCCAACUACGGCUACAUCGUCAACAUCGCAUCAGUAGCUGCGUUCGGAGGAUACCCUUACUCUGCCGACUACUCCGCUUCGAAAGCGGCGGUGCUCAACUUCUCAGAGGCGCUGCGUUCAGAGCUCAUAGCCACGGGGAGGUCGGGGAUCAGCGUGACCUGCGUCUGUCCCCUCUUAAUCAACACGCGCAUGGUGUGGGAGAGCCGGGCACUGAAGAAGGGGCACAGCGAGCCAACGAUGGAGCCUCACUACGUCGCUCGGAGAAUUCUGACAGCAAUGGCCGACAAGCAGUUUUUACUGGCUCUGCCAGCAAUUCUCCACCUGGCUAGGUUCCUCAAGAGCAUGCUACCUCAGAAGGCCUACGACACGUACCUCUUCAAGCGAUUCUUCGAGAGUGCUAAUCCUCUCAACCUCACCCGCGUUCCUUCCUCUAGCUCCAACGACUGACACGAUUCACUGGUGUUUACUUCUGCAGCCCCUCUGAGCUAUAAGAAUUAUUGUUUAUGUAUCACUUGUAGAGACAGUCAAACAGGUGUAAGUUGUGACAUCCUAUAUACAUAUUAUUUUUGUAGUACACUGCAGUGUAGCGCGCGCGCUAUUACCAGAAGU